AUGUCAGAAGAGUUCCCAGUUCCACUUUCAUCAAAGUUGAAAGAAGAUGAAAAGUUUUGCUUCAGGCCAGCUAUUGCCCAAAGAAUUAGGCUAAGGAUUCACCAUCGUGGUAAACUUGUGCACAGUCCUGUUAAAUGGUACCUAGAUGGGAUAGUUACAGAAUUGAAUUGGGCAUGGGAUGUUGAUUAUAUAUCCUACAUAGAACUAGAGAAAUUGAUUCAUGAGGUGGGAUAUAACAGUUUGAAGUGUAUUUGGUAUGUGAACCCUAGGUUUAGUUUUGCUAGGGGUCUGACAGCUAUAGAAAAUGACAGGGAUGUACUAAGGUUUAUCAAGGAUGUUGAGGGAUUUGAUGUUGUGAAUGUAUAUGUCGAGCAUGCCAUUGAUAUUCCUGAAAUAGUUGAUGAGGGUGUAGAAAUGGAUGUGGAUGGUACCAAUGUAACUGUUGAGGGUGAGAAAAAUGGUGUAGGAGUGGAAAAUACUGAAGGUGCUACAAAUGAUGAGGACAAUGCUGAUGGUGAGGGUGAUGUUGAAGUAGAGGCAAAUGUUGAUGGUGAGGGUGAUAACAUGAAUGAUGCUGAAAACAAUAUGGAUGGUAGUACAGAUGAUGAUGAUGACUUUGCACCUGAUACUGAUGAAGAGUCUAUAGAAGUGGAUUGGACUACAGUGUUACCUACAGAUACAUCAUCAAUGCCAACUGAGAAUGUUGUGGAUGAGGACUCAGAUCAGCUAUACACUCCACCUGGUAGUGAAGAUGAAGAAGAGUAUGAACAUUUUCCAAAUUUUCAAAGUUGUGGAGAUAAAAGGUUCAAGUUAGGGCUGGUGUUUAACAACAAGGAUAUCAUUAAGGAUGCUGUCAAGGAGUAUGCAAUGGUUAACAAUAAAAAUGUGUACUUCAAAAAAAAUGAUGCAAAAAGGAUGGUGGUCAAUUGUGAAGAAGGCUGCAAUUAUCAUUUGAGGUUUAGUAAGAGGGCUGGAAAUCAGUUUUGGCAAAUCACCUCCUUAUAUGAAGAACAUGCUUGUGCUAGGACUGCCUAUAAUAGGCAAUCAAAGACUGGAUGGUUGGCAAAGCAGAUUGUCCACAUUCUUAGACAUACUCCUAAUAUGAAACCAGCUGGGUUGAUAGCUAUAUCAAUUGAAAGAUGGGGUGUGAAGCUGUCAACAGACUAG